AUGGAGUGUAUCGAAACCAAUACAACUAAGGUGCUACAAGACCAAGAAAAAGAUCUCAUGCGGGCCUUCCGAGCUCGAAUGCAAGAUGUAGCUCGAGAGCUCGAACACCAGAGGGAACUGAAGGGUGACUACUCGACGGAAUUGCAAGCUCGACAUGACGAGAUGUUGAUGGACCUCCGGGCCAGUCGUGAACUUGCGCAGUCGUUCGAGCGGAGGAAUGAACAGCUUGAAGGGGAGAGAAAAGGGCUAGCGGAGGCUCUAGAGGCACAAGAAGAUGAUCGUUGGCGCUUACUCGAGGAACUGGGAACUAUCGUUACUCUACCAGGCGCCCCUAAGGUGUCAUCAGGAUUACCGAGCUCUGGUACCAGUGGUGGCAGUAACGAUGUGCUCCUCGAGAACAGUGGAGGGUCAGGAGACCGGGCCAACGCUGAUAUCGGCGGUGGCUCUACUGCUCGCUCAAGGAUGACCAAUUCAGCGUAUGAGAGGGAGUUGAGAUAUCGUAAGACCAUCGACGCGUUGAGAGAUCGAAUCAACAGUGAUAAGCUGUCGCUGAAGUAUCUACGGGAAGCCAUAGACCAGCAGCUGCGACAGCGAUCGGAGAUUGAAGUGUUCCUCCAGCAGUGCAUUGAUGACGUUAAGAACGAGAUAUCCCUCUAUCAGAAGCAACAGUGUCAGAGGGCUACUGGUGACCAGAGGCUCUUCCCUGGGUACUCAGAAGAAGGUUCUCUGGGACUUGGGGAUGCUACAUCCAUGACCGACAACAUUGAUACUGUCCAUGACUGUAAGGCAACGCCUUGUGUUCUUGUUCCCAAUGUCGCUGUAGUGGACCGGGAGCGGGCGUUGGAGCUGUUGCUGGGACAAGAGAGGAUUGUGCAAGUCCUGCACCAGAAGAUUAUGGAAGGCCGCGAUCGCCAUGAUCGAUCGAUUUAUGAUAACCUUGUCCAUGAGCCUAGUGGAAGCUUCCCAUCGCAAGUACAGUUGUGGUCCAGAGAAGCUGCAGUGCGUGGUCUCAUCUCGGAAGAGUUGCUCCCCCGCCUUCUACUCUGCAGUGGCCCGGAUUAUGCGAUCCGCGAUGUGAUCCGUGGAUCUUCCACGAACCGGGGUGGCACUUUCGACAUCGGCGACGUCGCUGUACAGAGUUUUCCAAUAGAUGCCUCGCUCUCCAACGGCUACCGUUACGAGCUAACAUUACGCCCCGCGGUGUGGCACGACCCGCAGCUUUCAGACGAGUUCCAAACGACUCCUCAGGCGGGGGUAUAUGAUAUAUCCAAAGCCUUUGAGAACGGCGUAUUCGUACCACCGCCAGAACCCCAAAAACCUCCGAUUCGAGGAUACAGUGGAGUUAAGCAAACGAGCUACAAGGAGUUCCCCUUCGUUAACUACUUCGACUUGCAUGCUCUCGACUACCCUCGUUGUCGUGACCAUCUUAUUGGUUUGGCCGCUCUCACUGGCAACUUCCGUCAAGCAAUUGGCUUUCUCUUCGCUCGUGGUUACGGCAACAUCGACGAUGCCUCGAGGGCUUUUGAUGCGUAUUGGGGGAAACCGCGCUGCUGA